CGAUCCCUUACCCCACCCAGCCGCCAAACAAGGCCAAAACCCACCACGCCGACGGCCACCGCGAGGGUUUUAGCCUCUCGCUUCCGCUUCCGAUGCCGCCGCCUCGCCGCACGCUGCUCACCUCCCUCCUCCGCCUCCGCGCGUACUCCUCCGUUGCCUCUCACUACCCGCCCCCAACGACCCCUCCACCGCGCCGCCACCAGUUCGUGGCCGAUCCCAGCGCCGCAGCUUCUACAUCCACUAGCCGAGGCGGCAUCGGCAUCGGCGGCGGAGGCGGAGGCGGCGGGAACCCCUUGGACCCGACGCAGCUCCUCCGAGACGACCCGGUGGCCAUCACGGCGUCGCUGUGGGUCUCCUCCUUCCGCGCCGGGCCCGCCGCCGGCCCCGCGCCGCCGUUGGCGCCCUUCCUCUCGCGCCUCGAGCUGUGGGUGCUCGCCUACCAGAAGGCGUACGCUGACGAGACCGGCUCCUACCUGCCGCGCUCCUCCAUCCCGGCCUCCACGCUCGCCUCCCUCCUCGCGCUCCGCAACGCCGUCCUCGACUCCCGCUUCCGCUUCGGCAACCGCCUCACCCCCUUCCUCCAGUCCCCGCGCGCGUCCAACGCGCCGGACCCCGCCACCCUCUCCAAGCGCAAGCUCCGCGCCCUCCUCACCACCCCCGGCCCGCCUCCCUUCCAGGACCGCGUCGUGCAGGAGCUGCUGCUGCUCCUGCUCGAGCCCGUCUACGAGGCGAGAUUCUCGCAGAAGUCCUUUGCCUUCCGCCCUGGCCGGUCCCCGCACGCCGCGAUCCGCACCAUCCGCCGCAGCUUCGCGCCAUACCUCUGGUACAUCAAGGGCGACCUCUCCCCGCUCCUCCACUCGCCUGAUCCUGCGCUCGUGGUCGGUGCGCUCAUCCGUGAUGUGCGUGACAAGAAGGUUGUGGAUUUGAUUCGUUCGGCGCUGCUCACCCCAGUGGUGACCGCGAGGCCCGGCGAUGAUGCUGCGGCAAAGAAGAAGACGAAAAGGAAGUACCAGAAGAAGAAGGUGCUGCAAGAAGGGGAGCCAAAGCCUGACCCUUACUGGCUGCAGACGUUCUUUGGAUUUGCACCGGAGGAGGCACAAACCCAGCCUGAUUGGGGGUAUUGCGGGGUGCUGAGUCCGUUGCUUGCCAAUGUGUGCCUGGAUGAGCUUGAUAAGUGGAUGGAAGAGAAGAUUAAGGAGUUUUACAAGCCAUCCAAGUCGGAUGUUGUGGGAGGGGAGGAUGGUGUUGAGCAGGGGAACACAUCGUGGCCGGAGUUUGUUCCUACAAGUGGGCCUGACAAGACGAGGAAGGUGGACUACAUUCGGUACGGCGGGCACUUCUUGAUUGGUGUGAGGGGGCCAAGAGCCGAUGCAGCAGUGCUCCGUAAGCAGCUAGUUGAAUUUUGUGAUCAGCGGUUCAGGAUCAAACUUGAUAACGAGAGCCUCCCUAUUGAGCACAUCACUAAAGGGAUCAUGUUCCUUGAUCAUGUGCUGUGUCGUCGAGUUGUGUACCCAACGCUGCGUUACACAGCCACCGGAGGCAAGAUCAUAAGUGAGAAGGGAGUUGGUACACUGCUCUCGGUGACAGCUAGUCUGAAGCAGUGCAUCAAGCAGUUCCGGAAGCUCGAGUUUUUAAAAGGAGAUCGUGAACCAGACCCACAACCAUGCUUCCGUAUGUUCCAUGCCACACAAGCUCACACAAAUUCUCAGAUGAAUAAGCUUUUACUGACGAUGGCAGAGUGGUAUCGCUACACUGAUAACCGCAAGAAGGUGGUCAACUUCUGCUCUUACAUUAUAAGGGGGUCCUUGGCAAAGCUAUAUGCUGCCAAGUACAAACUGCGGUCCAGGGCAAAGGUCUAUAAGAUUGCAUCAAGGAACCUUAGUCGGCCAUUGAAGGAUAAGAAAGGGCAGUCUCCAGAAUACCACAAUUUGCUGAGAAUGGGCCUUGUAGACUCAAUUGAUGGUCUUCAGUAUACAAGGAUGUCGAUGGUUCCUGAUCCUGAUUACACACCGUUACCAAGUGGAUGGCGCCCAGACCAUGAGAAGAUUUUGCUGGAGUAUAUAAAGCUCACAGAUCAACAGACGCUCGAAGAGCAGCAAAGCUGCAUUAGGGAGGAGGGUCUUAUAACACCACAGGACUACAUUUCAAUGCUUGUGUGGGGCUACAAGAAAAAUGCAGUUUUACUACCUUCUUCAAAAGAUACUGUUGUUCAAGUGUCCACCGAAGACCUGGGUUCAGAUACAGAUACAGAUGAAUUGGACGAAAAAGAUCUAGGAAACGAGGGUCGUCAAGGUUUCCCAAAGGUUGCUGAAAUGUCAUGAGUACCGAUUAUUUCUGUAAACCUACCAAGGGGCCCUUGACAGGACGUUGGUGCCAAUGAAGUUGCACAAAAUCAACUCGCUAGCAUUUUGCUGGCUGUUUAGUAAUGGCCCAGGCAUAUGGCUGCUUACUGCUCAAGGAGAUGACAACAGCGCAGCUCCAUCUGUCAACAAUGUUUCUUCAUGCCAGGGCCAUGCUGGAUACUGGCCAUGGUGCCAAAACAUGAGCUUCAACCCAGCAUGGAAUUUCAGGGAACCAGUGAAGAUCCCAUUUCGAGUCAAACUGUGCAUCUGCAUGCAGAGCCAGCUGCUCAAAUAUCAGGCCUGAUACUUAGUAAUAUUACCAAGCCUAUUUAUACAUUUUGACAGUUACAUCGAAACACUUUGUGUACACAUUCUGUCCAGGCGUCCUGCUUGUGCAAACUGUCAUCUGUACAAUCUUUUAUCAGAAGCAGAGCUCCCAAAUUUUCUACAAA